ACCGGAACUUCCGGUAGUAUGACUGCUGUUGUUGACACUUAGCAUCUUAGCACCUAGCAGCACAGUAGCACUACUAUUUGGUAGAUGUCGGUGAUUUAAACAUCGCGCCUUUUUUUGCCUUCUCAUGCCGUCGUGUUAAUUUGGUCGCAAUAUACCGUUUUAUUGUCUGGUUGUUCGUUUAAUCUCCGCUGACACUGCUAAUUUUGCGACGUUGGUAGCUUGAGACGCUAGCCUUCAGUGGAGGAAGCUAGCUAGUUAGGACAUCAUGGAAACAUGAUUUAAGUUUAGACAGAUUUUAACGGUAUACUUUGCAUUUUAGCUUUUACUGUAGCUUCGUGCUUGAAGCUGGUUGGGGAAACGUUCAAAACAAGAUGGCAGUAGAGCUGGAUGUGUUCGUGGGUAACACCACUAUCAUGGAUGAGGAGGUUUACCAGCUCUGGUUGGAUGGAUACACAGUGAACGAUGCAGUGAAAGUAAGAAUGGAAGGAGGAGUGCUGGAGGAGUGUGAGGCGAGUUCGGACGUUCUGCUGAGCGACACCAUGGACCAGUACAGGACUUUCCAGAUGUGUGAGCGUCUGCUGCACAAUCCAUCCAAACUGGCCAACCAGCUACUGUUUCAGAUCCCACCUCAUCGACAAGCCAUGCUCAUAGAGAGAUAUUAUGCUUUUGAUGAUGCAUUUGUUCGUGAGGUCCUGGGAAAGAAACUCUCCAAAGGGACCAAAAAAGACUUGGACGAUAUCAGUGCCAAGACAGGCGUGACGCUGAAGAGCUGCAGACGACAGUUUGACAACUUCAAACGUGUUUUCAAAGUUGUGGAGGAGCUGAAGGGACCCCUGGUGGAGAAUAUCCGUCAGCACUUUCUUCUGUCUGACAAGCUUGCAAGGGAUUACGCUGCCAUUGUUUUCUUUGCCAACAAUCGCUUUGAGACGGGGAAAAGAAAGCUGCAAUACCUCACAUUUCAGGACUUUGCUUUCUGUGCCGGGCAGCUUAUCAGCAACUGGACCGUUGGGGCUGUUGAUAACAUGGUGGAAGACAUGGACGUAGAUCUCGAUAAAGAGUUUUUACAAGAGCUGAAAGAGCUGAAGGUGUUAAUCACAGACAAAGAUCUGCUGGAUCAACACAAAAGUCUGGUCUGUACAGCCCUCAGAGGAAAGACUAAAGCUUUUACUGAGAUGGAGGCUAAUUUCAAGAAUCUUUCCAGAGGUCUUGUCAACAUUGCAGCAAAGUUAACCAACACAAAAGAUGUCAGAGAUUUCUUCAUUGAUCUUGUGGAGAAGUUUAUUGAGCCGUGUCGUUCAGACCGAUGGACAGCUGCGGACAUGAGACUCUACCUCACUCACUACAGCAACUCUGCACACAUACUUGACACUUUCAAACAUCAGGUUGUGUGGGACAGAUACAUGGGCGUCAUCAAAAGCUGUAUCUUUAAAAUGUAUCACGACUGAAGCGUUUUCUUUGCAGCUUGCCCCUCAUUUCUCCCCACUCUUCCCUCUGUAUGUUUUCCGGCUUUUCUCCCCCGCUGUAGCCGUUAUCUUCAGUUUGUGCUUUCUGUGUCAUUUUGUCAGCACUGAUAAAUCCGCUUAAAGCUCCCUGGUUGCUCCCCAUAGUGUCCCAGCAGUGUCUGUACAUUUGAUUUGUAAAUAAAAAAAAUAAUGUAUUUACA